CAUCAGUGCCACCCUGUGGGAUCAUACGUCCCACACAUCUUUACAUUGGUGGCAUCGCUCUGGGAUAAUCGCACCACACGAAACCCUCCGAAGAUUACUACAUCACACGAAGUCCCUCUGAAGACAGUUUAUUGAUUCCUGCAAGCGGAGACACCUUUGUCAACUUCUGUCACUGCAAGACUUCAUCUCAAGAUACAUCUGCGAAUUCCCGACAUCAAGCAAGAAGCCAGUCUUCCCUGCCGAGUUGACAUCGCGCCUCCCUCAGCGCACAGUACUUCAACACCUGUCGCAGUCUUCAACAUUUGCUGCAGUUGCCUGAUGCCUGCAACAUCAAUCAACACUGCCCUGCCAGUACCUCAAGAGCCAGACGCCCCCUGCUGAAGCCCACCGCUGACCUUGACUCUCGGAUCACCACGUCGCUGCCCUCGCCGCCGAUCCCUGGCGCGCCAAGCCUCGUUCGCCCCGUUAACGAGCCCAUCUCACGGACGUUCUCGCUGUUGCAUCACCUGCCGACCCCUUCUGUCCCCCACUGCACAUCGCUGCAACUCCGGCCGUGUCCGCCGCCUCGUCCGUUGGUGAUCGCCGCCUGACGUCCUCGCCGCAUCUCGUCUCACUCACGGACGCCAUCGCAUCACCUGCCGAUGCCCCUUGUUAUCUGCUGCAACUCCGGCCGUGUCCGCCGCCUCGUCCGCUGGUGACUGCCUCCCGACGUCCUCGCCGCAUCUCGUCGCAUCUCGCCCCACUCACCACACCUGAUGCCCUGUGCUGGUGACCCUGGCAAGAAUGGUCCUGUCUUGCCUGCCGAACCUCGUGACGCCAUCACCAUGGUGCUCCUCCUCUCCCGAGAUGACGAAUCCUUCUCGCCAACGACGUGAUCCUGAUUCUUCGAAGACCUCGCUCUCAAGAUUCUCCUCUCAGUCCUCAUCUCCUCGCCAACAACUUGGUCCAGAAUCUUCUAGAACGGUGUGCGUGUCAUUUACGACUGACACGGCGCUUGACAAGUUAACUGUGUCUUCAAGCGAUCCUGUGGAACGAUUGACAAGCUCCUUGACUGAUCAUCACUGCUGCUCCCGUCAAGACCACCUGCGCUUCAGAACAGUGACCUGUGCAAACAAGCUCCCUAGGCCCCUGACCUUAGAAGUCACCUGUGCGACCUUCCCUCCUGCUCAUCUGCAAGAUACGAGACUUCCUGUGUCGCUUGCCUCCGUCACCUAUCUCCUGUCAUCCACCUGCAUCGUCUACCCAAGAAUCGAGGACGAUUCUUCUUAGGUGACCGAGCGAUGUAGUGAAAUGGAUACGUGAUCUUUAUGCCUCACAUACCAGAAAAGCCAUGUGUGCCUUCUCUUAUAAUAACUCCACUGUCCUCAGCCGACCCCAACAGGUCUACAGCCGUGA